GGCGGACAUUGGGUAGACGAGGACGAGUGCGGAACUAUAGUGAUUCCCGAUUAACCGAGAACAAGGGAGAAGGAUGAAAAAUGGGGAGGACGAUGGGGUGCGAUCGAGGCUCUCGGUAAAGAGGAAGAGAGAAAUAAGCUAAAAUACAUGUACGCGCGUGCGUGAGCGGAGGGAGAGACUAAGGGGAGAGCGGAUUGAGUGUGUAAGAGAGGGAGAACGGCAUGGCCAGAGGGGAAAGACGAGAAGCGGAGAAGCUGAAGAAGGGGCAGAAGACAGGCCGGAACUUCAGACGUCUACGGACCUGCCCGCGAGUCUCGUUCCCUCCCUUUAAUUAAGUUUUUGCACGUUUUUCUCGCGCUAUCAUUUUCUCCCGUUAGAGUUAGGCCGUCUUCACCAAGCGAGAGGAGAUCCUAAUCGCGAGAGAUCGGGAUGGCCCACGCCGCGUCCAACGAUGUCAACGAGAAGAGCUACAUCCUGGACGCGAAAAAGAACCUCGAGGACGUCGGCAGUGUCGCAUCGGAAGAGUCCUACGAUGACACGAGACACCUAGUCGGGGAGCAGGAAGGAGAGUCCGACAAAUUCAGCAGCCUGCCGCUUGCGAGUUUCAAUUUCAUCAAUUCCAUCAUCGGCAGCGGCGUCAUCGGAAUACCGUAUGCUCUGCAUCAAGCCGGCUUCGGUCUCGGCAUCGCCCUGUUAAUCUUAGUAGCGGCACUGACCGAUUACUCGUUAAUUCUUAUGGUGCGAAGCGGACACAUUUGUGGCGAGAUGAGUUAUCAGGGCCUGAUGCGAGCGAGUUUCGGCCGCGUCGGCUUCUACAUUCUCACGGUGUUGCAGUUCAUUUAUCCGUUCAUAGCGAUGAUCUCUUACAACGUCGUCGUCGGCGACACGGUCACCACGGUCCUGGUAAGAAUGACGGGGACGGACCAAUGGAACAUUUUCGCUCAUCGAAACAUCGUCACCCUCUUGACGACCCUCUGCAUCAUCGUCCCGCUUUGUCUGUACAGGAACAUCGCGCGGUUAGCGAGAAUCUCCUUCCUCUCUCUGGUCUGCAUCGGGUUCAUUCUCCUCGCCAUCUUCAUCCGGAUGGACACUAUGUCCGACACGGUCCCGAGUCAGAAGGACAGCUGGAGGUUCGCCAAUUUCUCAGGGAUCGUCCAGUCCAUCGGUAUAAUGGCGUUCGCCUUCAUGUGCCAUCACAACACCUUCCUGAUUUACGGCUCGAUUGAGAGAGCGACCCAGCAGAAGUGGGACGUGGUGACGCACUGGUCUCUCUUCACCUCUUUCCUGAUCGCCGCGGCCUUCGGGAUUGCCGGUUACGCGACCUUCACGUCGUAUGUUCAGGGCGAUCUGAUGGAGAAUUACUGCUUGGACGACGAUCUGAUGAAUUUCGCCAGGAUCAUGUUCAGCGGCACCAUACUCCUCACCUUUCCGAUCGAGUGCUUCGUUACGCGCGAGGUGCUCAUGACGGCGAUCAAGGGGACGGAAAAAUUGGAGGGAGACGAGGCUUAUGUGCCUGAUUCGGACCGUAAGUACCUGAUAAUCACCUUGGCGAUAUUAUUCAUAGCAUAUCUGAUCUCCACGUGGACGGACUGCCUCGGCGUCGUUCUCGAGUUGAACGGCAUCCUCGCCGCGGUGCCGCUCGCCUACAUUCUGCCCGGUCUCUGCUACCUCAAGCUCGAGGAGGGGCCCGUCCUCUCGUCCAAGAAGCUGCCGGCGCUCGGCCUGAUGGUCGCUGGUAUUCUGGUCGCCAUCUCGGGUCUCCUGCUGAUUAUAUUCAACAAUAAUUCAGUCGGUACCUGCUUUCACGGCAUAGCGUCGUAUUGCACCCCCGAAAAUGGGACGACGCCGUAUAGCGAGGUGAUCAUGGUGUCCACCGAAAACUACAACAACACGGAGAGCCCGAGAUCUGAGCUUAACGGUUAAGCACGGUAAAUCUCUAGCUUAAUCGUAGGUCUGCUAAAUUGGUGAAAGUAUAGCCGGGUGAUUAAUUUUGUGGGAGAAAUAACGUAUAACAUUUUGACGCAUCCAAUAUAUAAUUGCUUCGAAAAUCUCAAAACGUGAAAUUUUACAACAAACUUGCGGGAAAAGAGUUGAAAGUUUCUACAAGAUCAGAUACGGCAGGAUUUUAUCUAUGACUAAAUAUAUUAUUCCAAUGAGAAGGUACCCGAGAUUAUAAUACCGUGUCGUUAAACGGAAAAUAAAACUGCGCAAAUCAAACUGGUUGUAAAUCAAACUAGUUGUAAAUCAGGUUUAAAGAGAAAUAGCGAUUGUGCUAUUGUGAUGUCCUAAUCGAUAGAUCUCAUAUUGUGGAAACAUUUUAUGCUCUACAGUAGACUUUAAUAUUAAAUAUGUGGGACGUAAAUUUAUAGGGGGAAAAAAAAACGGAAUGUUAUUGUUUACGUUAACGAUGGGGAACAUUUAAUUAUAUUGGACAAAAUACUGUUCCCUCCACGAUUUUAUUCCACGAUAUCGGGAUGAUAUGAUUGGAAAAUCAUAUAUCUCGAACGCAUGAUUAUCGCAAUAUAAAAUCAAUGCAAUAUAGGAUUCGGCUUACGAGCGAGAAAUCCGUAAAAAAUUGGCAAUAGAUAUAUAAUCGUUCUUUCCGUCAUUUAGUAAAGUGUACAGACCUAUAUAAAUAUUUGUCGCACACAAAUUUACCGAGUCACAGAGUAAAAUCGUAAUCUUUCAAGUGUGUAACGAGUUUGGGAUUUACGACUGAAGACGAUUAAUCAAUUCUCCGCGACGCAUAUUAUUAGAGUCUCAGAAUCUUAAUGUACCAAUCGAGAUAAUUAUUGAACUUCCGAUACUAUUAUUGUACGUAAUAUAUAAUAUAUAUAGAAAGGACUCUUGUGUAUUUAGUCCUGAUAAAGUUCCAGAGGUACGGCUCUAACGUGAAAACAAAAUCUCUGUGGUUAUAAAAAAUGCGCGAAUUUUAAGGAAUAUAUUUUAAUUUUAAAGAAUAGUUAUUGCGAUUAGAAAAUGAUGACUAGGCAACUAACGUAAAGAAUACGUGAGCUAAAAUAUCAUUAUAUUUUUAAAAAGAUGUUGAACAGACAAAUAGUUUAUAAACGAGAAGAUAUUAUGUAUAUGUACGUUGUAUAUCUAUAUAUACACCACACAUAUAUGCACACUACGUUUGUAUUUUUUCGUGAUACGGGACUAAUAUUGAAUGUUGAAAGUAAGAAACAUACAAAUGGAUCUAUAAUGUUCAUAAAAGAUAAUGCGAUAAUUAGCGGCUUAAAAGCUUUUUAUUCGCAACUUGUUCUACCUUACCUAGAUUCUUGACAUGCUCUGCGUUUUCUUUUUUGAAGAAAGAGAGAAUCGGAAGAAAGAGAGAACCAGCACUGAUAGUUUUUUAAUUUUUUACGACUCGUAAAAUCGUUUUUAAAAGUAUUUUUUGCAUAAGUUUUUUGAUACGAUUAAACUCAAGUAUUUUGUUUGCGAUAUGAAAAUAAAAGAUAUAAUAGCAUAAAAUAGGACGAAUAACGACAACACUUGACAUACCGGUACAAUCAUCGCUUGGAUUUACCGCUGCAAAGUUUAGUUGAUCGGAAGAUUUGGCUAUGAGGAGUUACAUUGUAUGUUCAUAGUUCAAAAGACAAAAAAGAAAAGGGGAGCCAAAGUGUCUGUAAUGUAUCAAAAUAUAAUAUAGAGCCGCAGUGGAAAUGACACAAUCAAAUCGGGGGGCAAAAGUGAAUUUCUCUUUUUACCCCCCAAAUGACGCUUUACACUUACAGAAAACAAACACUGAUGCGAAAAAGACCACAUACAAGAGGAAAGUAUUUAUUCGCGCGUAGCUCGCGUACUAUAGUACAUAAGGCAAAAGAAUCAAAUAUGUUUACCUGUUUAUGCACAUUUGAAUAUAAAGAAAGAUAUAUAAAAAGCAUAUUUGAGAUAAAAAACUAUAUAAAGACCCUAAGUUGGUACAUAUAUUAUAGGAACGGCCUAGGGAAAAUGGAAUAUAUAUUAUCGGUGAAUAUACACGUGAUGAGGCAAAGCGAGAGAGAUUUUGUGACCGUGUAUCGCAUGUUAUCACGCACAUACACAUCCGCUGUUUCGUGUCGCAGUGAAACAGACGCCUCGUUCGAGCGACAAGACUUGUACACGUUUAGUGACGUUUACGUUCGCAGCGUUAUCAUUAUACACGUGCGCGUCGCACAUUGGCGGUAUUCCUUAUAUAGAUAUAAUGUAUAAUUUAACCGGCAAAAUAAAUGUAAAUCUAUAUGCACGUACGAGAGAGGGAAGGACAAGACUCGCGUUUUGCGCCCUUUAGGGCCGGUUUUUCCAACCUGUUGGUAAUCUAACUAAUAGUUAAAUCAUAUGUCUAUCUUUGUUUAAUGUAAAGGAUAAACAAAGACAUAUAUAUGAUUUAACUAUUAGUUAGUUUAUCAAAAGGUUGGAACAACCGGCCCUAAGAGCGUCCACAUAUUAUUCGCCCCGCCGAUCUCUUUUCGAUCGCUCGUUCGCUCGUAACGCACGACCUGACUGGAUAAACAUUACGUGGUUGUGACAGUACUGUAGUAAUGUCAAGAUUAUCGUUAUUGAUUUUAAGAUACCAAGACACGGAGCGCGCAUAUAUACGACCAGACAUAAGUAGUAAAGUUUAUCACGCGUGGACAUGAGUAACUCGUAUAAUUGAAACAUGCAGAAUAAAGACUUCCCAACUCUUUUCCUUUCGCUCUCGUAACGUGACGCGCCCAGCAAACGUAUGAUUUAAUUGUAAAACGACUCUCUACAAACAAAUAGGACACGUGUAAGCGACUAAUAACUCGGACCGUCCUGUGAUAUUAUUUUUAACGACGCUUCCUUUAUGAUUUGUCUCUAUAAAGCUUGACCGCGUAGAGAGGGAAUUUUUAAACUAUAUAUGUUUAGUGUUUGGCAAUUAAGAAGGCAAAGAUCAAAAGAAUUUGACUCGAUGCGAACGACAGACUGAUCUUUUUACGCUUGAAGACAUUAAAUUUGACAAUUUCGCGUUGCAAGACGCCGUGUAUUAGUAAAGCUAGUAUCAAUCUGUUGCGUCCGAGAAAACAUUUAUAAGUGCCAAUUUCGACGAAAGAGAAAAGAAAAAUUUAUUAGACUAAUCCAAUCUUAAUGUUCGUAAAUAUAUAAACGUGAACGUAUUAUUUAUGAUUGUUCUAUAUUGACGUUAAGUAAACUUUACACACGUUGGAGAUCGUUGAAUGGUAUAGUGAGGAGAACGGAAAAGAGGCCACAGAUAUUUUAAAUAACGAAGCGUUUAAAAAGCAAAUAUCUCGAAUAAAAAUGUUGCAUCUCAAACAGAGAAUAAACGUGAUGCGCGCAUGCAAAUUUUAUCGCAUGCAUUUUUCAUGAGGUAUCUAUAUAUUAUUAUGUCACAGAUGUUAUUAAUGGAGCCACAAUAUUUUCUUACGUAAUUUAUUUUUUCCUGAAUAUAAAAGUAUUAACAUAAAGCUAUAAAAAAAAAGUUCGAAAAUUUAUAAAAGAGACGGGAAUAUUUUAAAUAUAUUAUUUUGAUAGAAAAGUGUGAGAGAUAUCUCAUAAAAUAUCGAUUUUUCUAUAUUUCGAUUUAUAUCUUAUUUAUACAUAAAAUCAACAAGAUAAAUCGAUUAGUAUCUACAUGUCAAAAAAUUCUUUCAUAAAUUUUGCGCUUUCGACAUAUUUGAGGGUUGCAAAACGAAGACACUUUCUCCUUACCCUGGUAUAAAAAAACGUAGUUUAUUAUUCGUGCAAUAUUAAUUCUAUGUGAUUUCAUACCAACUUAAAUAUCCCUCCAACGAUGUUUGCUUUGGUUUUAAAGCAUUCCGUUUCUCCGGACAAACGUAAUUUAUUUACAAAGCGUUUCGAAUUAGUUGAAGUUGAAGAUUAGGAGAAAGAAGCGACGUCUCCUCCGCGAGUACUUUCUCGCGAUGCGAGAAAGUGAAGUAGAAUCGCGGUGGGUCACGCAACGGAGAGGACGUUACGGGGAAGCAUGGGAAAAUGUGCCGCGACGUAAUUUCACGCAGACGGGAGCCACGGAAGGAGGAGGACCUCCUCUCCUCCUCGGGAGGAGGUUCCGAGUGCGUGACGCGUAAGGAGCGGGCACACCGAGUGCGCGUGUGUAUAUGCGUGUGCGUACAGCCGUGACGCGAGGCGAUUGCGUAAGGGAUGUUGAUAGCGAGCGAAAAGCAAUCGUGCCGUUAUUCGCCACCGUAUCGCGGGUCUUCCGACCACAUUUAUUCUGUGAUAGACACGUGGCACACAUGAUGCGUUUACAAAAUAUAUAUACGGGUGUGCAUAAGGCGCGCGUACCCGCGAUGCUACGCUAUAUACGUAUAAUGUUAUCUAUUUAGGUUUAUUUCGCGAAAUAAAAGACGACUUGAGAUUAA